AUGUCCCCUGCCCCUGGCAGUGGCCUAGAGGACCAGCUGCUGGGCCAGGUAGUGGCUGAGGAGCGGCCUGACCUUGAGGAAGCCAAGAACCAGCUGAUUGUCAAUAAUGCCAAGAUGCACCAGGAGCUGAAGGACAUUGAAGACCAGAUCCUGUACCGGCUUAGCUCCUCUGAGGGCAAUCCUGUGGAUGACAUGGAGCUCAUCAAGGUGCUGGAGGCUUCCAAGAUGAAGGCUGCUGAGAUCCAGGCCAAGGUCAGGAUUGCAGAGCAGACAGAGAAGGACAUUGACCUCACACGCAUGGAGUACAUUCCCGUGGCCAUCCGCACCCAGAUCCUCUUCUUCUGCGUGUCUGACUUGGCCAACGUGGACCCCAUGUACCAGUACUCCCUCGAGUGGUUUCUCAACAUCUUCCUCUCAGGCAUCGCCAACUCAGAGAGGGCAGACAACCUAAAGAAGCGCAUCGCCAACAUCAACCGCUACCUGACCUACAACCUCUACAGCAAUGUCUGCCGCAGCCUCUUUGAGAAGCACAAGCUGAUGUUCGCCUUCCUGUUGUGUGCCCGCAUCAUGAUGAACCAGGGCAAGAUCGACCAGAGCGAGUGGCACUACCUCCUGUCCGGGGGCUCUGUCCCUGUCAUGAGUGAGAACCCUGCCCCGGACUGGCUGUCACACCGGGCCUGGCGAGACAUCCUGGCACUCUCCAACCUGCCGGCCUUCUCCUCCUUCGCCCUUGACUUCGUGAAGCAUCUAUCGGAAUUCCAGGCCAUCUUUGAUAGCCCUGAGCCCCACCGGGAGCCCUUGCCUGGCAUCUGGGACCAGUACCUGGACCAGUUCCAGAAGCUGCUGGUCCUCCGCUGCCUACGUGGGGACAAGGUUACCAAUGCCAUGCAGGACUUCGUGGCCACCAACCUGGAGCCACGCUUCAUUGAGCCCCAGACAGCCAACCUGUCAUUGGUGUUCAAAGACUCCAACUCCACCACGCCCCUCAUCUUCGUGCUAUCGCCUGGCACUGACCCGGCUGCCGACCUCUACAAGUUUGCCGAAGAAAUGAAGUUCUCCAAGAAGCUCUCUGCCAUCUCCCUGGGCCAGGGCCAGGGCCCUCAGGCGGAAGCCAUGAUGCGCAGCUCCAUAGAGAGGGGCAAGUGGGUCUUCUUUCAGAACUGCCACCUGGCACCGAGCUGGAUGCCAGUCUUGGAGCGCCUCAUUGAGCACAUCAAUCCCGACAAGGUGCACCGGGACUUCCGCCUGUGGCUCACCAGCCUGCCCAGCAACAAGUUCCCAGUGUCCAUCCUACAGAACGGCUCCAAGAUGACCAUUGAGCCGCCACGCGGGGUCAAGGCCAACCUGCUCAGGUCUUACAGCAGCCUCAGCGAUGACUUCCUCAACUCCUGUCACAAGGUGAUGGAGUUCAAGUCCUUGCUGCUGUCUCUGUGUUUGUUCCAUGGGAAUGCCCUGGAGCGUCGUAAGUUUGGGCCCCUGGGCUUCAACAUCCCCUACGAGUUCACGGACGGGGACCUGCGCAUCUGCAUCAGCCAGCUCAAGAUGUUCCUGGACGAGUAUGACCACAUCCCCUACAAGGUCCUCAAGUACACGGCAGGGGAGAUCAACUACGGGGGCCGCGUCACUGACGACUGGGACCGCCGCUGCGUCAUGAACAUCCUGGAGGACUUCUACAGCCCCGCUGUGCUCUUCCCCGAGCACAGCUACAGUGCCUCGGGCGUCUACCACCAGAUCCAACCCACCUACGACCUCAACGGCUACCUCUCCUACAUCAAAAGCCUUCCACUCAACGACAUGCCUGAGAUCUUUGGCCUGCAUGACAAUGCCAAUAUCACCUGUGCCCAGAAUGAGACCUACACCCUGCUUGGCACCAUCGUCCAGCUGCAACCCAAAUCAUCCUCUGCAGGCGGCCAGCGCCGGGAGGAGAUAGUGGAGGAUGUGGCCCAGAACAUUCUGCAUAAGGUGCCUGAGCCCAUCAGCUUGCAGCGGGUGAUGACCAAGUACCCUGUGCUGUAUGAGGAGUCAAUGAACACGGUGCUAGUACAGGAGGUCACUCGGUACAACCGGCUGCUGCAAGUGAUCACACAGACGCUGAGAGACCUGCUCACGGCACUCAAGGGGCUGGUGGUGAUGUCCUUGCAGCUGGAGCUGAUGGCUGCCAGCCUAUACAACAACACUGUGCCCGAGCUCUGGAAUGCCAAAGCCUACCCAUCACUCAAGCCACUGUCCUUAUGGGUCAUGGACCUGCUGCAGCGCCUGGACUUCCUGCAGACCUGGAUCUCCAAGGGCAUCCCAGCCGUCUUCUGGAUCAGCGGCUUCUUCUUCCCCCAGGCUUUCCUGACAGGCACCCUGCAAAAUUAUGCCCGCAAGUCUAUCAUCUCCAUUGACACCAUCUCCUUCGAUUUCAAGGUGAUGCGCCAGUCAGUAUCAGAGCUCAAGACAAGACCCAAAGAGGGGUGCUUCAUCCAUGGACUGUUCCUGGAAGGUGCCCGAUGGGACCCUCUGGCCUUCCAGCUGGCUGAGUCUCGGCCCAAGGAGCUAUACACAGAGAUGGCCGUUAUCUGGCUCCUGCCAACGCCCAACCGCAAGGUCCAGAACCAGGACUUCUACCUGUGCCCCAUCUACAAGACACUGACGCGUGCUGGAACACUAUCAACCACAGGCCACUCCUCAAACUACGUCACUGCUGUGGAGAUCCCCACCGACCAGCCCCAGCGACACUGGGUAAAGCGUGGUGUGGCCCUCAUCUGUGCCCUGGACUACUAG